AUGAUAAAUAAACUAGCUUUGCUCACUACUGUUUUUUACUUAGUUUUCAUUUGCUUGGACAUUGCUGGAGCUAAGAUUUGUUAUCAAUGUGACGAUAAAAAUCCAUCCAGUAAAUUGAAAAUUUUCGGUGAAAAAAUAACCAAAUGUAAUGGUGUACCAUUUGAAAAAUAUGCUUCAAAAACGUCACGAGCUUUCGGCGCUGCUGUUUUAACAUGUUAUACGCGAUUCAACGAAUCCGGAGCUGUUAUUAAACGAGGUGCCUAUGGACUUGGCGAAACGUAUGACAAAAAUUUCAAAUGUCGAGAUCGUUUUCAUACAUGUUGUCGAACAGCUUUCUGUAACAAACAUACCAAAGCUCCUUGUCCACCACCAGCUAAAAUAUCAACAAAGAAAGAAGUAAAAGCGUGUUAUCAAUGUAAAGGUGCUGAAGGCUGUAAACCAGAAAAACUUGACGGAUCUGAAAUCCGUACAUCAGGUGCUUUCGGUGGCAAGAAUUUAUACUGUUAUACGAAAUUCGAUCCCAAAACCGGUACUGCUGUUGCUCGUGGUGGUUUCGGAUUUGGUGAAUCACUCGAUAAAAAUCUAAAAUGCGAUGCUAAACAUUAUUUAUGCUGCUAUGAUAACUUAUGCAACAAUCAAACAGCUGGUUAUUGUGCCAAAACAGCCUAG